AUGUCUACAUCCGCCCGCCGUCGUCUCAUGCGCGACUUCAAGCGCAUGCAGACUGAUCCUCCAGCUGGUGUCUCUGCCUCUCCAGUCGCCGAUAAUGUUAUGACAUGGAAUGCCGUCAUCAUUGGCCCCGCCGACACGCCGUUCGAGGAUGGCACAUUCCGCUUGGUCAUGAAUUUCGAAGAACAAUACCCAAAUAAGCCACCAGGCGUCAAAUUCAUCAGCCAAAUGUUCCAUCCCAAUGUCUAUGGAACUGGUGAACUGUGCCUCGACAUUCUACAGAACCGGUGGAGUCCGACAUAUGAUGUGGCGGCUAUUCUCACCAGUAUCCAAAGUCUCUUGAACGAUCCAAACACGUCGUCGCCAGCCAACGUCGAGGCCUCGAACCUUUACAAGGACAACCGCAAGGAGUAUACGAAGAGAGUGCGAGAGACGGUUGAGAGGAGUUGGGAGGAUAAUUGA